AGUGGUUGUUGGGCCUUUAAAAGUCUCGCGAUAGCCCGCGCGUUUCCCAUAACUCCUUGCUCUCGCUCCUCCCGUCCUCUUUCCGCCAUCUUUCCGUGCCGCCGCGAUGGUGCGCAUGAACGUCCUGGCCGAUGCUCUCAAGAGCAUCAACAAUGCCGAGAAGAGAGGCAAGCGCCAGGUUCUUAUCAGGCCGUGCUCCAAGGUCAUCGUCAGGUUCCUGACUGUGAUGAUGAAGCAUGGUUACAUUGGCGAGUUUGAAAUCAUUGACGAUCACAGAGCUGGGAAGAUCGUGGUGAACCUCACCGGCAGGUUAAACAAGUGUGGAGUGAUCAGCCCCAGAUUUGACGUGCAGUUGAAAGAUCUAGAAAAAUGGCAGAAUAAUCUGCUUCCAUCCCGCCAGUUUGGUUUCAUUGUACUGACAACCUCAGCUGGCAUCAUGGACCAUGAAGAAGCACGACGAAAACACACAGGAGGGAAGAUCCUGGGGUUCUUUUUCUAGGGAUGUAACACAGGCAUACAAAUAAAAGCUCAAUGGAC